GCCACCGCCACCGCCACCGCCCACAUCUUCUUUAAUUAACUACCUUUCCCAGAUGAAGACACCAACAAAAAACACGACAUUUCUGCUUUCUUCACUCUUCAAAAUUCUUCACUGGGACAUGAUCAGCAUUCACAACUUCCUCUCAAGUGUUCACUUCUUCCUCCAAAAUCUCCUGAAAAUUGUCUUAACCAAAUGUAACUUAUGGAACAGCAUGAAAGCACCAAACCAUGAACCACUGAGCAAACAGUCUUUGUCUGAUGAUGAGGAGUUCAGUGAAGAGAAACUUUGCAGAGAAGAGGUGAAUAUGGUGAUGGACAGACUGGGGAUAACGUGUGAUUUUGAUGGUGAAAGCUUUGGUGUGAAUGAGCUUUCAUGGCUGUUUGAUCAUGAUGAGGAGCUAGGCUUGGAAGAGUUGAAGGAAGCUUUUGAUGUAUUUGAUGAGAACAAAGAUGGAUUCAUAGAAGCAACUGAGUUGCAGAGAGUCCUCUGCAACUUGGGGUUUAAGGAAGGAUCAGAAUUGGAGGAAUGCACAAGGAUGAUCAAGGCUUUUGAUGGCAGUGGAGAUGGACUUAUUGAUGUUAGUGAGUUUGUGAAAUUCAUGGAGAAGGGCUUUUGCUGAAUUUUUUUUUUGUACUAAAUAGUAUGUGGC